CGGUUUUGCUGUUUUCUAUGUUUGUUGUGGUGCGGCUAAAUAAAUUCGAUUUGACUAAUAAUUUCGGUUGACAAUCAUGGAUGAGGACGAUAUUUACGGGGACUUGCCCCAGUUCAACUUGGGGGACGAGUUGGAUAAGCUUCAAAAUACCAACACCGAGUUGGAGGAACGCACUAAAUCGUUGGAAGUGACGGUCAAGCAGUUAAAUGAAGAUUUGAAAGCAGUAAAAGCGGCCAAUGAAGUUUUGAAGACAAACAUAUCUGAAUUGUACAAAACUGCCAAACAUGAGAUUGACCGAAAGGAUAAACUAAUACAAGAGCUUAGGGAACAGAUAGACAAUUUUGCAUUUCGCAGAAAUGAAUAUGGGAAGAAACGGACAAGGGGGAGAGAUGAUAGUCCUUAUAACAAAAAACCCAGGACAGAUGACAAAGAAAGUGACUCAAAAUUCAGAGAUAGUAGAAGGGAAAGAUUCGACAAUAGAAGUGAUUCUUCACAUCAGAAACAUAGGUAUAGAAGGAGCAAAUCCAGAGAUAGGAGCUCAGAAAGAAGGAAAAAUAGACAGAUACACACAAAUGAUCAAAGAUCAGAGACAAAAUAUCCAGAUAAUAAACCAAGCAAUAAAGAUGGAUUUUCAGAACAUGAUGAAAAAAUGAAAUGUCCAGUUUCUAAAAUAAAAAAACGUGAAAAUGAUGUUAUUAUAUUAGUCAGUUCAUCUGAUAAUGAGUCACAGGUGAAUAACGAUUCAAAUGCCAUCAAAGGUAUUUUAUCAGGGGACAAACAACAGCACAAAAUAAAGAAAUGUAAGAUUGUUGAAAAUUUAGAAAAUAAGAUUGAAAGACUCACACAGCCACGGAUAAUAAAUGUGAAGUUGAAUAGCGACUUAGACAGUGUAAGUUCAGAUGACCAAAGAGAGAAAGGUAAUAGUCAUACAAACACAACAAAAAAAAGACAAAGUAGGAGACUUUCUGAACUGUUUGAUUGUGAUACAACUGAGAAUUCUAAAAGUAAAAGGGAUACAUUGCCUAGUCAAUCCCAUGAAGUUGAGGUAAUGGACAAGAAAGAAACAAUAACAGAUAGGAUGUUAAGAGAACUGGUUGAAGAAAAGGAGAAGAAAUUGCAUAUUAAAAAUGAAUUGACAGGAAGAGCAGAAUUAUUUAAAAGGAAAAAGGAUAAAUUAAAUAAGGUGACAGCUAAAGUUUUGGAAAAGGAAUCAGGUGCUAAGUUUAAACCAAAUUUGACCAAAGUAUCUUAUAUUGAUGAGUCAAAUGAAUACAAAUCUUUUAAAGCACCAAUAUCUGGUGAGAAGAUAUUGAAGAAAAAUAUGUCACAAGAAACAGAAGUAGAUGAAAUAUGUCCAGGUUCACAUAUGCAAAGUGAGAAUCAGACAAAUCUAAAUAAAUCCAACCAAUCUAAGGUUAAGAAAAAAUGCAGUAAACGUCCAAAAAGUCGAGACACUUCAGAAACUACAAAUAUUGAAAUUACUGAACAUAAUGAGUCAGUCCCAAAAGAUGAAAGCUCAAAACUUUUUGGUGACAAUUUAAUAGCCACAACUAAAAGAAGGUCUAAAGAAAAAAGCAUUGAAAGAGUUGAUGACAGUAAAAAAAAAAGGAAAGAAGAUGAAUUGGUAAAUUUGAGUGCUAAUUUGGAACAUAGAAAUAAAAGAAAGCCUAAAGAAGAGAAUGCUGACAGUUCUAAUAAUCCUAAAAGUCGAGACACACCAGAAACUACAAAUAUUGAAGUUACUAAUGCAAGUUCAAAGCAUAAUGAGUCAGUCCCAAAAGAUGAAAACUCUUUGAAUGACAAUUUAAUGACCAAAAAUAAAAGAAAAUCUAAGGAAAAAAGCAUUGAAAGAGUUGAUGAUAGUAAAGAAAAAUCGAAGGAGGAUGACUUAGAAAGUUUGAGUGCUAAUGUGAAACACAGAAAUAAAAGAAAGUCUAAAGAAAACAGUGCUGACAGAUCCAAUAAUCCUAAAAGUCAAGACACAUCAGAACCUACAAGUAUUGAUGUCACUAAUGCAAACUCAAAACAUAAAGAGUCAACCCCAAAAGAUGAAAGCUCAAAACUUUUUAAUGACAAUUUAAUGACCAUAACUAAAAGAAAAUCUAAAGAAAAAAGCAUUGAAAGAGUUGAUGACAAUAAAGAAAAAUUGAAGGAGGUUGACUUGGAAAGUUUGAGUGCAAAUGUGAAAUACAGAAAUAAAAGAAAGUCUAAAGAAAACAGUGCUGAUAGAUCCAAUAAUCCUAAAAGUCAAGACACAUCAGAACCAUCAAACAUUGAUGUUACUAAUGUGAACUCAAAACAUAAUCAGUCAACCCCACAAGAUGAAAGCUCAAAACUUUUGAAUGACAAUUUAAUGACCACAAAUAAAAGAAACUCUAAAGAAAUAAGUAUUGAAAAAGUUGAUGACGGUAAAAACAAUUUAAAUGAAGAAGAAUUGGAAAGCUUGAGUGUGAAACGCAAAAUUAAAAGAAAGUCUAAGGAAAGUAGUGCUGAAAGAUCCACUAAAUGCCAGAAGUUUAAGGAAUGUACAAGUUUAGAAUCUGAUCUGGAAUCUAUCAAUAAAAAAGAAUUUCCUGAAAAAACUAAAGAAAGUCUUAAAGAAAAUGAAAUAAGAGACUCAGACAAUAUGCCAACUGAUGAGAAAUCUGCAAAUAAAAGAAAAUCGAAAGAAAGAAGCGUGGAAAAAAUACAUAAAUUUCAGAAAUCUGAGGCAGGCACACAGUUAACCAUUUCGGAUUCCGGCGCAACACCCGUAGAAAACUUUGAAGACAAAUUUAAGAAAUUUGAAAACACAACAAAGGCAGAUAAAAUGAAAUAUCCAAGUAAAAGUAAAUCAAAGGGAAACAAUGUCGAAAAGGCCGACAAAUGCCAGAUUUCCAAGGAAGAUACAGAAUCGGAUAAUUUUAAAUGUGACUUAAAAUGUGCAACUGAUGACUUUCAGAAAAGUCUUGACAAAAGCAACAAACCUGAAAACGAGGAGUCUGAUAUGAUCCUAGGACCAGUUAGUGAGGACUGGAAUGUUGAACCUAUAAAUACAAAAAUGUUACUUAUUGAAACUGGGGAACCUGAAAACAUAGAGAACAAGGAUGCUGAUUUGGAAGUUACAAAUAAAGGAAAUUUAGCAGAAGGGUUCAGCACAUGCCAGAAGUCUCAAGAAGAAACAAGAGCUGUGGAUCCAAGUACCAAAAAGUCCCAAGAAAGAACUAUUAAAAAUCUUGAUAAAAGUAGGAAGACUGAAAAUAAGAACGAUGAUGAAUCGGAAAGUUUGGAAGCUGAUACGAAACAGAUACAAAAGAUUAACACGGAAAUGGAGAAAAAAUCUGUAUUUGAAAGAAAAUCACAAGAACGAAGCGUUAAAAAUUCAAAUUCUGAAACCCAAAUGCCAGAAAAAUUCAAAGGUAAAGGGACUGAUAUGAAACAGACUCAACAGAGAAAGACAGAAACGUCAGAAAAGGAAUUGAUACUAGAAAAUUUGGAAGUGAAUGUGAAACCUGAAGGAAAGAGUGUUGAAACCCAAAAUAAGAAAGAUGCCCAAGAAAGAAGGUCCCAAGAACGAAAUGUUAAAAAUCCUGACAAAAGUAAAAAGUCGGAAAAUAAGAACACAGAUAUGGAAGGAGAACCUGUAGUUUUAGAUUCUAAUGAAAAGCAAAUUGAAUCAGAAAAUUUGGAAACUAGUAAGAAACAGACACAAAAAGGCAAAUCAGAAAAACCAAAAGAGAAAACGGAAUUACAAAAAUUAGACGUGAAUGUGAAAACUGAACUUAAGAGUAUUGAAAGUAAAAGUAAGAACACAGAGAAUGUGAAUUCUGAAGAAAAGAGUCCCGAAGCUGAAACUAACAGACUUGAAAACAGUUUAGAAUAUGAUAAGACACCUGUAAAUAAAAGAAGAUCAAUUGAAAGAACCAUAAAAAGUAAGCGUCAGAAAUCUGAAAAACUUACGACUCUGGACAGCCAGAGUAAUAAUGCGCCACCAACAAAUAAAACAGAAGAACUUAAUAAAAAAUCAAGGGAAAUGAACGAUAAAAAUUCUAACAAUACGAAUUCAGAAUCUGUGAAUGCAAGAAAUUCCCAAGAACAAAGUGUUGACAAAAAAUCUGAAAAUGUAAAUGAGGAGGUGGUACCUGGCCCUAUAACUUUGGCCUGCAAAGAAAAGAGCGUUGACAAACUUGGCCAGUGUCAGGAAAUUCAAAUCAUACUAGAAUCAGAAAAUUUCAAAUCAGGAGAGUCAGAAAAGAAGUCAAAACUAGAGAAUGUGAAACCUGAACAUAGUACUACAUUAAAAAUUAAAAAAACUGAAUCUGAUGUAAAAAAUAACAGUGAUUCUGAAAAACGAAAUACAAGAAAUGAGUAUCAUACACCUGAAAAAAUGUUAGAACUGAAUAAGACACCUGUCAAUAAAAGAAGGUCAAUAGAAAGAAGUGUCAAAGGAAAACGUAAGAAAUCUGAAAAAAGUACAGUCCAGGAUAAACCAAUUAGUAAUGAGGAAUCUACAAUUGGAACAGAAGGGGAAUCAGAAAAGGAAAUUAAAUCAAGAGGUACGGAAAUAAGAGAGUAUAAAGAAGCUAAUCGAAUUAGUCAUGAAACGACACAAGAAACAGACAAGCAAGAAAGAAAUAUAAUGAUACCAGAAAUUCAAAUAACCGAAUUCAUUGAUAAAAAUGAAGAAAAACUUAAUGAACAGUGUAAUAAAACUGAAGAAGAGUCCAAUAUAUCAAAGAAAAGAAAAUCCAAAGUUGGCCAGGCAAAAAUUUCAAAAACAUCUAAAAAGGAUGAAACACUAAAAAGUAAUGAAGCCGUAGAAAUUAUUGAAAAAGUAUUACCACCUCUGGCAGAUGCUGCCGUUGAUUUAAGUGAAACAAUCAAACAGGCCAGAGAUGAAAUAAAAACAAAAACCGACGAACCUAAACUGACCAAAAAACAAGAGGAGGAAAAGGAGAAGAAUAAUAAAAAUAAAAACAGUGACAGUAAGGACACCAAAAGUCCACCAAAAACUUUCGAAAACAUCUUAAACCAAUCCGACAUGUUUCCGGAAUUACAACUGACAAAUGACGGCCAAAUACCAAUACUCGAACUAAACGAGGAACACUUUAAAAUCGUGCCCCACGACGAGCAGGACAAGAACAUUUUAAACCUCAUAGACGCCAUGAACAUCACCAACAGCACCAUGGAAUGUGAUAUCAAAAAGUAUAAAGGUGCGGCGAAUCCAAAGGUGUCCCCCGACUCAUUAAACGUUACGAAGGAUUCGGUCUCCUUCGACAACGCCGAGAAUAAAGUUACCUCGACUCCGUAUAUUAAGAAAAGGAUGUCUACUGAAAUUACACCCAACUCCACACUUUCUGCGAGCUCCAGUGAUUUAACUGGAGGUUCCGUUAGUACGUUAAAAGUGAAGAGGCGUCGUAGAAAGGUUGUAAUGUUUAUCGCAGAUUGAUAAGAAUAUGUUUAGUCAGUUGUUUUUUAUGAGUUUAUGUUGUGAUUAGAAUAGUCUAGUUAAGUUCAGAUAAAUGGUUUAAAAAAGACUGAAAUGUUGGUAGUGUUAGUUUUGCCACAUAAGGCUUUGUGAAUUUAUUUGUUAUAUAAAUUUUUAUUUAGUUGAUAAAUGGAGUUUUCUGUUUCAAAAUAUAUAAAAAUUGAUUUGUUACUGUGACAUUUAAUUUAUUGUUGUAUAAGUUGAAUAAUAUAUAUUUAAUUUUUUCA